AUGGAUGUCAGUGCAGAUCUUUGGAUGAGAUGCUUGGGAAACGACUCUUUGCUGCAGCCUGUGUGGGACAGUCUGAGGCUCAACUACAGACACUAUUUGAGAUCCCCCCUCUUCCCCAUUGUUCUGACUGUGUCUUCCUACUUCAUCUUGUGCCUUCUUUUCCUCGUUUGUGACAUCAUGGGGGACCGGUGGGCCUGGGUCCAGCAGUUCAAGAUCCAGCCCAGCCGACGGCCGACCGCCUCCACAUUGCUGCACUGUGCAGGCGUCACUUUGUACAACCAUGUGUUCUUAGUGCUCCCGGCAUCAGUGGCCCAGUGGGCAUGGAGGCCACCCAUUGACCUCCCGGACCAGGCUCCGUUCCUGAUGGAGUUGACAGCUGGAGUGAUCGGCAACCUCCUGCUCUUUGACUUCCAGUACUUUAUCUGGCAUCUGCUCCACCACAGGAUCCGCUGGCUGUACGUCACUUUCCACGCCAUCCACCAUAAUUUCACUUCACCCUUUGCUCUCACCACUCAGUGUCUCGGCGGCUGGGAGCUGAUCACGGUCGGCUUUUGGACAACCCUGAACCCUGUGAUCCUGCGAUGCCACCUUCUCACCACAUGGGCCUUCAUGGUGGUGCACGUCUACGUCUCUAUAGAGGAUCACUGUGGCUAUGAUUUCCCCUGGUCGACAUCGCGUCUGAUACCAUUUGGCAUCUACGGGGGGCCCAGCAAACAUGACGUGCACCACCAGAAACCAAACACCAACUUUGCACCACACUUCUGCCACUGGGACAAAAUAUUUGGCACAUAUGCUGAUGUCAGCUUCUCUUCAUCUAUAAAAUAA